CAUGAAAGAGAAAGAGCUACAAAGUGAACUUUUAAGAAAAAUAAAGAAAUUUUGCUACAAUGUAUUUAAAGAGGAGGAAAGGAUUUCCAUUAUCGGUACUAUUGGAAUUAAAUUGUCGGAGGAUCGAAUUAUGUUGCUCAGUAUAAAUGAAGAUGCUAUAAAUAAAGAUAGUAUAGGGGAAGAUAUGAUCGAAGUAAAUGAAUCGGACGACACGGAUGAUAGCGACUCAAAUAUGAAUGGAAACAAUGAUAAUAAUUUUCAAAUGCUAUCCGCUUUCGAGAACAGUGAAAAUAGUAAAAGAUUUAUGGGAAGUUCAUUAAAAUAUGAAUCAAAUAUUGAGUCAGAUAAAGGAAAGGACUGUUCAACUGAUGCUCAUCAAAGAAAUUUCAAAUCAAUCACUGAAUCGUCAAAGAAUAUGUUAUUUGGAUCAAAUAAAAAGUAUUGUAAUCAUUUAUCAACUGACCGUGAACAACAGUUGGACGAGCAGACUGAUUGUGAAAAUCCGGAACACGAAUGUCAAAUUUGCGGGAAAUGUUGUACAACAAAAUAUGGAUUAAAAUUACAUCAAGUCGUUCAUUCAACCGAAAAACCGUUCAAGUGUCCUUACUGUAAUGCAGAAUUUAAAUGGAAAAAUAGUUACGGUCGACAUAAGAAGCUGGUCCAUGAUAAGUUGAAAAGAGGAUUAUCUGAAUCAACAAAAACAUCAGUUAGUGGAAAGACUGAAUCAAAUUUCGAUUCUCCAUUUAACUGUAAGGAUUGCGGCAAAGUCUUUCAAACUCAUCACUAUCUUAAAGUACAUAGGGUGGUCGUCCACUCUGCUUUAAAACCUUUCGUCUGUUCAAUAUGUAAUGCAUCAUUUAAAUGGAAAUACAGCUUUGAAAGACACCAAAGAUUACUGCACGGAGCUACAAACAGAAAUACUGAACAGUUUAUAUAA